CGUGUAUUGCGAAUUAUGUGACUAUGUUUCGAUCACCAUCCAUACUUACUUAUACCUAUCCAACAUAAACUAACUUAUCUCAUCAAAAGAGCCAAUCUAUAAAAAGAAAAACGAAGUGCACUAAAGAUUAUUAUUAUUAUUUCUGAAUAAGAGAUAAACAUUGUCCAUAGUCUUGGUAAACUAAGAAGUAGCAAACAACAAAACUCUACCUCUAUCUUUCUUGAAACUAUCAAUGGAAGGUGAAGGUGAUAAGUGGCAGCAGUGUAGUGAAGAUGUUGCUCUGAAUAUUCCCUUAAUAGCAGAGCAUGAAGGAAGCCAAAUUUCUGGCAACAAUCCCAGUAACAAUGUCACCACAUCAUUCCUUAAAACUUGUUUCAAUGGUCUCAAUGCUUUAUCAGGUGUUGGGAUACUUUCAGUUCCAUAUGCAUUAGCCUCAGGAGGAUGGUUAAGUUUAGCACUUUUAUUUUGCAUUGCAGCAGCAGCAUUUUACUCAGGCAUACUAAUGAAAAGAUGCAUGGAAAAAAAUUCAAACAUUAAAACAUAUCCAGAUAUAGGUGAACUUGCAUUUGGAAAAAUAGGAAGAUUAAUAGUAUCAAUAUCAAUGUACACAGAGCUAUACUUGGUUUCAAUUGGAUUCUUGAUUCUUGAAGGUGACAAUUUGAGUAAUUUAUUCCCAAUUGAAGAGUUUCAAGUAUUUGGUUUAUCAAUUGGUGCAAAGAAAUUCUUUGUGAUAUUGGUUGCAGUGAUUAUCUUGCCAACAAUUUGGUUGGAUAAUUUGAGUCUGCUUUCUUAUGUAUCUGCAAGUGGUGUGUUUGCUUCUGGUGUUAUUAUUUUGUCAAUAUCAUGGACUGCAGCAUUUGAUGGAAUUGGUGUUCAUCAAAAGGGUGAUAUUGUAAACUGGAGUGGAAUUCCAACAGCUGUUAGCUUGUAUGCUUUUUGUUAUUGUGCACAUCCUGUUUUCCCUACUCUCUACAAUUCCAUGAGGAAUAAACACCAAUUCUCUAAUGUGCUAAUUGUAUGCUUUAUAUUAACCACGGCUGGUUAUGCAUCAAUGGCUAUAAUUGGUUACUUAAUGUUUGGUUCAAAAGUUGAUUCACAAAUAACAUUAAACUUACCACUAAACAAAAUAAGUUCAAGAAUAGCAAUAUACACAACAUUGGUGAAUCCAAUAUCCAAAUUUGCUUUAAUGGCAACACCAAUUACAAAUGCUUUAAAAGAUUUACUUCCAAGGACAUACAAGAAUAAUAGAGUGACCAAUAUGUUUGUGAGCACUGUCCUUGUAAUCAGCACUGUUAUUGUUGCAUUGGUUGUUCCUUUCUUUGGAUCUCUCAUGUCAUUGGUUGGAGCAUUUUUAAGUGUCACUGCUUCUAUUUUGCUACCAUGUUUGUGUUACUUGAGGAUUUCUGGAAGUUAUAUGAAGUUUGAGUUUGAGACAGUGACAAUUGUGGUAAUAAUAUUUGUAGCUAUAGCAGUGGGAAUAUCUGGGACAUAUACUUCAGUUGUUGAAAUAGUACAAAAUUUGUAAUAGGCAAAAGUAUUAUGUAGUUGUUCAUUCUCAUGUAUAUCUCUCUGCUGGAAUCCCAGCCGUUGAGUUAUCCAAUGUCCGAUUAAACUCUAGUGGCCGUUGGAUAAACUCAACAACCUUUUUGUUAGGAAUGUGAAGGGUACCUGAUCCCAAUAAACGAUCAGUCAUACCUGACUCUGGCCUAUUUUGAUUUUGGCCAAUUCAUUUAUAUUUGGGAUAAUGUUGGAUUUUUUUUUAAUCUUUUGAUAUGAGAAUGAUAAAGAGAUUGUUCUAUGUAA